UGCUGCGGAACACAUAGGUCGUUAACGCCGCGCGCGGUUUGGUUGCAGAUGCAGGUCGUUGAGUGUAAGCGCGUGGCGGGGGGAAAUGGCGUACGGGCGCGGGCGGCGGUGCGCCUCAUUGUGAGGAUCCAGUGUUGAGGUACCCCAAGCUCGAGCGCACGCAGGCGGAAGCUCGAGGAAAGACAGGAAAAGUCGGGAGACGAACCAUGGACGAGUCCGAGCCCGCAGAGGACGGCUUGCUCGCGGGUUUGCGAUGGAACCGGAGUGCACGAGACCAGGCUCAGCUCAAACAUAAAAUCCGGGAUCUGCCAGGACUACUGAAGCACGGGCUGCACCUGCGGAAGAAGAGCCAAUCGCCUGACACUAUUCCAGGACCGAGCACUGGACCUUCAGUAAACAAGUCUUGUUCGCAGAGUUUCCCAUGUGCUGGUCGGACUGUGAGGAAUGCCUUCCUCUCUAACGGACCGUACCCGGCCAAAGACAAGAUACACCUAGCCAGAAUCAUACGGCGUAGCUAUGUUGGGGUGGAGCUGGUGCAGUGGCUGUGCGAGCAGUGUGUGUACGUGCGCUGUCGGACCACCGCUGUGCGCGUCUGGCAAGUGCUGCUGGAGCUGGGAGUCUUGCUGUCAGUGGACCAGCGGGUGACGUUUUCAGACUCAAACUCUUACUACCAGUUCAGCUUUGAGGAAUGUGACUCCGCCUCCUGUGAGUUUCGCUCCAAUGAAGGGGAGUGGCCAGAGGCAGUUAGGCUCCUCCUACAACUCGCCCCAUACGUCCAGUUCCGCUCUGGAGGUGGAUCCAACAGCCCGUCAGAGGAGGAUUCUGAAGGCAACAGGGACAUCUGCGGUGAGAUCCUCCAGAUGAAAGCUCUUGAGAGGCUCACUUCUACGGUACAAAGUGAGUUGGCAGCAGCUCUGGCCCGCAAGACUCGCAAAGCUUUAUCAGAGCAGGACUCUGAGGCAACAGAGACGAGCCAACAGGAGCCUCGUACGCCAAGCGAAGAGAGCAGCCCGCUGGGUGGGGUGUGUGCAUUGCGGGAUGCUGGUGGCAGCGUUGGUGGCGGUGGCGGAGGAGUGGGGACCGUGUGUGGGCGCGAGGACCUGACCAGCAGGCUCGGGCUGGAGGCCGUUCAGCGACUGGCAAAGGACGGCUGUCGGCUGUUGCAGAACCACAACUACAGGCUGCCAGACAGGAACCAGGCGGAGGCGGUCGGGAGAGUUUGUCUGAAGGAAAGAGGAAGAGACGUGUUGGUGUUGCGGAGAGUGACAUCAUCAGUGACGUCACCAUCGGACCGGCCUUCGCCCACAUCGUUGGGGGGCGGGUCCAGAGAGGAGGAUUGUGACAAGAGGUAUGUGGUGGUGUCGGGGACGCCACUGAAGAUCCUGGAGCACCUGCUGAGUGACCUGCGGUUGGACGACCAUAGAGGGGGGCCAGAGAGCAGGGAGAGCGAAAUGCUGCUGGAUGACUUCCUGUUGACCUACCUGGUGUUCAUGUCCACCAAUGACCUCUGUCAGGCUCUACUAGGACAUUAUAGCAGUGCUCGCUGCAGGGGCCAGGAGGAGGGCAAAGACGCCCUCUUCAGAAAGCGUAAGGUACUGCAGCUAGUCUCCCACUGGAGCAGACUCUACAAGGAUUUCCUCAAGGAUGAGGAGCACGUCAGGAGCUUCAUGAAGACACUGUACAGGUAUGUUUUAGAAGACUUGUACGAGUUCCCCACACUCGAGAAAGACCUGAAGGAGUUCCAAAAACUUCUGCGCCGCAGACACACUGUGGAUGACUGCCCUCCUAACCAAAAGAGUAAACAAACGUAUCAGCAGUUGAGUUUGAAGGAAAACUGUUUACAGCUUCGGAGCCCACCAACAGAGACAAGAGAGGUUAUUUGUUGUGUGUACGUGAGCGCUGACUCUUACCUGAGCGUCCAAACACACCACUCGCUGGAGGCCCACGAGCUGCUACGGAUCGUAGGUCUGAAGAUGGACAGAGCAGAAGAAGACAUGGUUCUUGCUGUUGUGUCGCAGUCUGGAGAGCGGAGGGUGUUACAGCCCAGUGACUGCGUGUAUUCAGAGUCUCUGACCCCAAAGGGGAAGCUCAUGGCCUGUCGCAGGGACCUCACCGAGAUCUUGCCUCCUCUAACAGACAGUGCUGAGCUAAGCAGGAGAACGGUGCGACUCUUGGGUAUUAACACCUGGGAUGUGGCUGCUGCUCUCACACACCUGGACUGGAGCCUCUUCAAAUCCAUCCAUGAGCAGGAGCUGGUGUACUACACCCUCAGCCGUUCUCCUGGAGGUGGCCACACGGCAGCGCUCACAGUCCUGCUGCAGCGCUGCAACGAGGUACAGCAGUGGGUCAUGUCCGAGGUGCUCAUGUGUGUGUCACUCAACAAGAGAGUACAGCUGCUCAAGAAGUUCAUCAAGAUCGCGGCUCACUGUAAAGCCCAAAGAAAUUUGAACUCUGCGUUUGCCAUCAUCAUGGGUCUUAACACAGCAGCUGUCAGCCGACUGAACCAAACCUGGGAGAAAUGUCCAGGGAAGUUCAAGAAGCUUUUCUCUGAGCUCGAGCUCAUCACGGAUCCUUCUCUGAACCACAAAGCCUACAGAGAAGCAUUCAAGAGGAUGAAACCUCCCAAGAUCCCUUUCAUGCCGCUCCUUUUGAAAGAUAUCACCUUUAUCCAUGAGGGAAAUAAGACCUUCCAUGACAACCUGGUCAACUUUGAGAAACUGCAUAUGAUUGCAGACACAGUGAGAAUGAUUCGCCACUGCCAGAGCGACCAGCCGGGUAACGAGGUUAUUGGGAACGACAGUGUAGAGGUGAGGGCGAGCGUUCACUACCUGCACAUCAUCGACAAUCAGCAGACGCUUUUCGAGCUGUCACACAAACUGGAGCCACGCGCUUAAGGGCACACACACAUACACUUAUGUGCACAAAGACACUAGACAAAUGCUAGCACCUUGUACGUGUGACAUGGGGGACGCUUUGUGAAUAUCACUACCAGCAGUGGUGCCACAAUAAGAAGGUGACAUUUAUUGUGACAAAAACCCAUGGAGACACAGAGCUGCCUAUUUGCUGAUGUCGUGUGGACACCAAACAUGGACAAACAUGGACAAAACGGAUUUGUAAAGGCCUUCGAAACCCAAGAAGAGAUUCUGUGCAGCAAGAUGGAGAUCUGCCAAACUGAGACAGAGGAAGUUGUUACUAGUUUGUACAGUAUCUAUUGGGCUGAAUAUUCCCUUGUUUAUGUUCCUGUGAUGAGCUUUUUGUUAUUUAUGAGCCGUUAAAGCAGGUAUAAUGUUUCUUUAUUUCUGUCAAAGUCUCCUGACAAGAGUUUAACAGCAUCUUCAUCAUUUCAGCUACAAACAGAGGGUGACCUUGUAACCAGGGCCCAUUUGUUGAAAAUCUUUAUCCUGGCUAAGAAUUCUCCUGAUUCGGAGGAUCUGCUUUUUUGAUAUCCAGGAUCAGGUAAUCCAGCUCAUUUUGGCCAAUCUCUUUAAAAGGACAAAACAUUUAGCAUUAUACUUAUCCAGAUACAGACUUUAAAGGAUUACAAAAUCUGGAUUAGCAGUGAUCUAAACAUCCUGAAAGAUCCUGACUGUUGCUUUCAAUUAAACAUUUCAUGUUCGAUAUCAACAGCUAUUUGGUGAAAUGUUUAUGGGUCAAAAAUCCUUUAUUUUGUCACAACCCUAAUGUCUAAUAGUUUUACUAUGUCACAGUUGACAUUUUGCUAAUUCAUUCCAAAAUUAUUUUAAAAAUUAAUUUAAAAAAAAUCAUUUUUCCUCUAAUUCCAUGUCCGUGUAAUUCAGCCUGAAUCCACUCCUCUUGGAUCAGGACAAUCCACAUUUUGAGGUCAAUUCCAAUUCCAAUCCUGCACUGCAAAGUCUUUAACAACACCUACUGGAGGUUUUUAUCCAGAUAAAAAUCAAGAUUGGAUUAACUGAUCAUAUUCAUUUUCAGAAUUGUUUUUUCUUUCAGCAACCCCUCGUCAAUGUUUAAUAUAAUGUGGUAGAUUUAAUCUAAUCAGAUGACUUUUGAACAACUGGGCCCUGAUAUCCAAAUCCUGCCCCACACAUGGUCUUGUAUGAUUCUAUGAGCAUAUCAUAAAUCGGCCUUUUAGUGCAUGUAUAUGUUUACAUGCUUACAGUUUGUUGGUGUUUGCUGUGGAGCUUCUUUGGGUUCUUGUGUAGUACUGUAUUAUGUAACACAAGCAGCAGCCUGUUCUGAAGCAGUACAACACUUCAACAUACCUACACUUUUUUUAUUUUGACCUUUUUUUUUUCUCACUGAGGCUCCGUCUUAAAAGUGCAGCUCUACAGUGUAUUGUAUCUUUCGAAUUCAGGAAUUAUAUUGACAGUAUAGUUCUCUUGAGUGUGCAAAAGUUCAAACACUGUUGGUAAAUAGUGAACAGCACUUGGUUCUUUGUAUUUUAAAGUCCUGGUUGACUUUUAUUUAAACUCUCCUCGUGCGCUCCUCUCUCCGAGGUUUUUGUGGGAAUAGAUAAUCAUUAUUCAACA